UCCGAAAGCGCGCGAUGCAGUGGCCGUCUUUGUCUGAUGGCCAGGCAAAAGACGCUGCGAGGAUGACCGGAGUUCAGUGAUGUUGUGAUUUAAAUGCGGAAACGUAAUUUACAGUCCACUUUGUCAAUCCAUUGCUGGAUGAAGGCACCCUGAAGUCGGAACGUGUCCGGUCAUGGGGGGGUUGUUUGACCUCCGGUUUAAAUAUAAUUUGCCGCUGAUGCAAGCUGUGGCUGGCAAUUGAACGCCGGUCACUGCAUUCACAUACUGCAGGGAACGAUCGAUCCUUACGUAGGACAUUCAGUCAAUAUUUACGCAAAGUUUUUUCGCGUAAAUCAGCAGUAUGCUGAACAUAAUUGCGAAGGAAGAAAAAAGCAUUUGGUUAUAAACAUCCAUGGGUAAGGCAAACUGACCGAGCGGUCAACUGAUAGCGUCGGCAUUGCGAGGGCAUGGCUAAGGGUCAACCUUCGAGGUCAUCGCUUCCAGCACGCGCACGCCACUGCGCUACAACGGUUGUGAGUUUUUUCGAAUUAAAGAGCACCCCAGCGACAACACAUCAAUGAUUCAUUUAAUUUAAGUGGAUGUGGUGAAUUCCCAGCAUGUCCUCUCAAGUUCUAUCCUGUGGUCACACCUGGCAAAGGCAAUCAUUUAAAGGCAUUAAGAAAGUUGAAAAAAAAUACUAAACCGGAGUUGAGUAAUAUUUUUUGCGGGACACUUUGGAUUUGUGUUUUUUUUUUGUGGUGGUGGUGUUGGCCCAAACCCGGGUCCCUACCAUAGGAGGACAGGAGCCAUCCCGGUCCGUACUUGCCGGCCCUAAGGUGGAGUUGGGACUGCUGCUGCCGCUGUUGGCGGCAGGAGUUGGGUGGAGUAUUAGAGCGAGUGAGUGAGUGGUUUGGUUUUUCUGUGCACUGGUCUCUACCGGAGCAAGACGUAUCAUCAUAAUGAUCAUCAGUGGGCAAGUCUCAUCAUGCCUGUACCCUCUAUGCCUCAUUACUCCUGCCCAGUGACGCCCUUAUUAAUUGGUGGCUUUUUUGCUUGCUGACGGUAUGUUGACCAGCAACACAGAUCUGUAAUGUUCCGAUGAUCUGGUGACCUGCGUACAAGCCCUUUGUGUGUGUGUUUGUGGUUUGGUUUUUGCUUGUGUGUUGAGUCUUGCUUGGAAGUGUUCGUGUGUAUUACGAACGCACGUAGCCUACAACCACAUUACCCGCAAAGCGCCCGAUCUCGCCAGAUCUCAGCAGCUAAGCAGGGUUUUGAGCCUGCAUAAUAGCCCUCGGAUGAGUGGCCACCGUGCAAUGACAACAAAUGAGCAGGUUAUUAUAGGUGGCUUCGGGGCUGUCCCGCUCUGCACGAGAGCGGCACUUGAAGCAAUGGGGAAACUUUCUCGAAUGCCUCCGCCUCUGUGCACCGAGCAGUAUUGAUGAGCAACGCCACAGUCAGACGAUUGGGCGGUCACGUGUGGUGGGGGUUAAAAUGUGCGUGUGCCCACCGCGUCCAAGAGCGGGGAGAACAUUUUUUUUUUUUAAAAACAAACCAUCUACAGGAGCUCUCUUAUGCUGCCACUAGUGCAGUGGUUCUUAACCAAGGGGUGCGAAAUGCCCUUUCUGGGGGGUGCGAGACAUGGACGGAUUAUUUUUUAAAAAGGUAAAUAAUCGAAUAACAAAUUAAGCGCGGUCACGUAAGUGAUGCUUACUUUGUUUCGCAAAACCCCAGGCAUGUAUUAACAUUAUACACAGUUUUAACGAUCGAAAGACAAAGCGGUGCAAGGUUGCAGUCAAGGCGAAGGACCGCUGCUCUAGCUGGGAGGAUCUUCCGUCGUACAGUGGCGCGAGGAAGCAUGCGGGGCUGCGCCUCUACCGGCACGUGCGUCACUCACACAGACACACACACAGACCAACGCUCACGCGCGUGCGUGUGUGGAGGGACACAGCGCGGUGGAUUUGGGUGGAGCUGUUUCGUGCAUGAGCAGACUGGCCUCAGAGCACCACCACCCCCCCUCUGUGGCCGUGCGUCUGUGGCCGUGCCGAGCAGAGGCUGUGGGCGCAGCGUCUGCAAAUCGUCACUGGGGCGAAGCGCGGGUUGGGCUGCCGCUGCUAUGGCACGCCCUGUGCCACUGCAAUAACAAAAGUUGGAAGAAAAAAAACCACACUCGGCAGCAACGCGGCCCAGGCGGAUUUAUCAAAAAACCUGCACAUCCACUCACUCACUCAACCCAUCCACUCACCGACCGCGACUUCAACUCCUGUAGCCAGCGGCAACGAGCCUGGCUGCUAACAGUCCAGACCAUCUCUGCAGAGCGAGACGCACGGAGAGAGAGAGGGAGAGAUACCUGUAGAUUACAUAAAGUAGGCUGCGAAUCCUGAGCGGAGUCUGUUUUUUACGAAGAGUUUACAAACCCUGUCGCGUGUCUUUUGAUGACACGUAUACCACUGGGGGAGAACAAGCGAUGCGAAUUCUUCACAAUGCCGAGCAUUCCCAUGGCUGAGAUGUCUCUCUCCACGCUUUUCGGGCUUCUGCUGCUGCUGAUAUCGCUGACGACCGCAAUCCCACCGCAGGAGGCAUGUCCUACCAAUUGCAGUUGCAACCUUCAAACGAACAUGAUCUUCUGCGUAACUAAGGAAAUGUCGAAGCUCCCCUCCAACAUUCCCAUGGCUACUCUCCACCUCUACCUGUUCGAGAACAAAAUUUCCCAACUCGCCGACUCGUCUUUCGCUGGACUCCCCCACCUGCGCACGCUCGACCUCUCGUACAACCAGAUCAAAGUCAUGCCGCUGGCCCUCUUCCAUCCCCUGAGAGACUUGAAAAAUAUCGACCUGUCAGGGAAUCUCAUCGCCAGCGUCACCAACGAGACGUUCCGAGGGCUUGCCACCCUGGAGAGGUUGUAUCUGCAGAACAACAAAAUCUCAAACUUGCAGCCAGGCUGCUUUGACUCUUUGGAGAAUUUGCUUGAAAUAAAGCUGCAGGGUAAUCUUCUGAAGACAUUUUACCCAAUACGGGCGCCGAAUCUGCUGCUUCUGGAGCUGAGCAGGAACCCUCUGGCGAGGCUGGAGCCCCACACAUUCAAGUCAGUGAAUGUGGAAAUCCUCAGCCUGUCGGGAGUGGCGCUCGCUGAACUGCGAGACGAUGUUUUUGACAACGUGAGCAACAUGCGGGAUUUGGAUCUGUCCGACAACCAGCUGACGUCGGUACCAUCAGUCCUCCAAAGGAUGUCCAGCCUCAAUCAGCUGAAUAUAUCGAAGAAUUUUGAACUCUCUCCGGUGGUGAGGGAAGACUUCAAGCCAUUCCUCCGCCUCCAGGUUUUGGACGUCAGCUACUGUGGAGUGCAUUUCUUUCCGCAGCGAUUCUUCCAGCUCUUUCCCGUGCUCAAGGAGGUCAACGCAGCCGGAAACCCAUUCCACUGCAACUGUCAGAUGAACUGGCUGGUUCACUGGCUGAGAAGCACCGACGUAGCCUUUUUCAACUUGAAGGAGACGAGAUGCCACUUCCCGCCGACGAACGCCGGUAAGCAGCUGGACAGCGUGCAGUAUGGAGACCUGGGCUGCCCCAAGACCACCGUAGUCACCACGACGUCCACAGCUUCCACAACCACCGCCAGCACCACCACUACAACCACUGCAACCACCACCACCAGCACCACCACCAGCACCACCUCUGCGACAACAACAACAACCUCACAGCCUACUCAUCCACCACCUCUUCUCACCACCACCCCGCCUGAGCGGGUACUUUUAUCGGACCAUGAGCCUCAAAUUAGUGUUGAAGAGCCUCACCCUUCCAAAGCGCCCGAGUCGACCUGCGAGAACUUUCACUGCCACCAUGGUGGAGUGUGCAAGAUGGAAAAGGGAAACGGACCAUUUUGCCUUUGCAGCAGGGCGUGGCUUGGACGCAACUGCGAGAUCCCAAAAGAAAUUGCAGCCCCAUCUACGGAGAACAAUUCCGAAAAGAAGUCUUCAGAAUUCAACUUGAUUUCCGCCGUCUUCAGCACAGCAGUCGAUAUCCAGCUCAAAGACGCGCAGAUGCAAGACCCCGACCUGCGGGGAUUCCAGCUGACCUUCUAUGAAAUCUCCAGCACCGACCAUCGUCCCACCACCCUCAACCUGCCACCCAAUUACUACAUUUACACGCUGCGUGGUCUGCGUCCAAACUCCACGUACAUGCUGUGCCUCCGGCCCAUGGGCAGGAGUGGCUCCAAGGAGCAAACGGCGCAGAGGUGUGCGCAGACCCAGACCCACCCAACUGUCCAGACCCAAAACCUGACCCAGCACUCGCACUCCUUGGAAAACCAGCACAUGUCUGUCCUGCUAGCGUCGGUGGUGUCCAGCUUAGUGCUGCUGCUCGUCGUGCUCAUAGCCCUCGUCUGCUACAGAAAGCACAAGUCGAAACAGCACGCGGGCGACCCAAACUACGACGCCGUCAAGUACAAUCACCACGGCGCAGGUGGGAACACGGCGCCUGGAGCGGCAGGCACGGCAGCAGAAGGGUUCCGGCCUUACACGGAAGAGGGCAAAUUCGUCGUACAGAAACCACCGCCGACGGUGUACAGCUCGCAAACGAUGCUCGCGCAGCACUCAUUACAAAUCAAAGAUCAGACCUUCAGGCCACUGCUGGGCCACUCGAGCCUUCUAUAGCAUUGAAAUGCAAGGACUAUGAGAGGACGUUUGUUAUUGGGGCCCUAUUGCGCGAGCACCACGAGACUGGUUUGAGGGGCUGCUGCAACAGCCUGUUGCGCAAACGCCGGCCUACGUACAUCGGCGUAUAAAACCUGUACUAAAGAAGUAUGACAAUCAUUGGACAAUGUAAACGUUGACUACGAUAACCCAACAUCUUUUGUUUUUUUUUUACAAUGUAAAAAUGUUUAUUAUCAUUAUGAACACGACGUAAUGGCUUAUAUGAAGUUUAUAUUUUCUUAACAUUUUUUUGUCAGUAGAAAGUAGAAUGCAUCGUUACAGUAUUCGUGCAGCACUAAUGAAGAUGAUCAUUUUGCUUUGAGGCGAACUGCAUUUCUUUGUGUUCAUACAUUUUGUCUCUUGUUCACUAAAUGUCAGUCGGAUUCAAUUUAACAGCGUAUUGCCUACAGUAGAAACUUGAUUAACAAAAGACAAUAUGGUGUUUUCAUGCAUCAAAUAAUGUCUGGAUUUGAUUUAAAUUAUAAGAACAAUACUGAUACAGUGCUAUCUUGUCUACCAGAUAACACCAGAAUCAUUGCUGAUUGGAUCCAAGGGCACAUGUGACUAAAUUGGCGCUUAUGAUUGGUCACAAUGAAGGGGUUGUGACGGUGACAGCUGUGAUUUCUUGUGGAAGUGCUGUUUAGUUUUAUGUUUGAUAAAAAUACACAUUUUCACAAGGUGAACGUUCUUAAACUUGUUAAGCUGAAGCAGCAUGAUGAUACAUUUUAUAGAAAGGUGUUUUUGGUUUACUGGACGGUGAUAAGUGACAUUUGAAAAAAAAAUGGACGCAUGCUUUCCCCGUCGCUGUAUUAUGGCACUUUUUCUUGUCCUCUUGUUGGUUAUGAAUGUUUAUUAAUCCUACCGACUACGUCGUCUCAGAAACUUUGAACUUUUACAAUGACAUGUGAGCCUCCGUCUAACAGGGUGAAACUCUGCAGUACAUUCCGCAUCGUUGGAUUCGUCUGGCGACUCUUGUAUACGUUGAGAAUACCUACGUAUGACGCUUCGUUCGUGUUUUUGGCUCAUUUUCAAAGCAACUUUUUAUUUUAAAAGUGACCAUGACACUGCAGAUAAUUGUAUCGGUCAUUGAGCCUCAAAUUAGUGCUGAAGAGCCUUCUUAGUCCAUUCGAAAGCGCCCGAGUCGACCCGUGAGAAGUUCCACUUGUCACCACGCUGGAGUGGCCAAGAUGGAAAAGGGAAAUGGACCAUUUUGCCCUUGCAGCAGGGUUUAGCUUGGACCGCACUGUGAGAUCCCAAAAAAAACAAAUCGCAGCUCCAUCUAACGGAGAACAAUGGCGAAAAAAAGCCUGCAGCCUUGAUUUCCGCAGUUUUUUCAAGCACGGAAAUCGAUAUGCAGCUCAAAGACGCCGCAGAUGCACCACCUCGACCUGUUCUGUAUUGAAUACGGUGCAGACCGGCUGUUUUUUUUAAAUCGUACAUAAUAUCAGGGGUGUAACAAUCCUCCACCCCCCCCCCCUCCCCCCAUGUUGUUUUAGAGAGCUGUUAUAAUUUCGACACCAUUUAAACACCACGCGAUUUCAUGAACGUAUCUCAGCCUGUAGUGGCUGGUGGAGUCAUGUGAACCCCGCUACGAUAGAAGGAAUCAAACACCGUCGACGAUUACACGCGUCCGACGUGCGCGCAUCGUGUCCCUGAGACUUUGAUGUUCACCAAUCGGCGUGUCCGUUACACGCCUGUUUCACGAGCAGCGAUCCAUUUAUAGAUGACCCACGAAAAUGACGGAGAAAUGACAGUGGAAACAACAUUUUAUCUCAAGGGCCUCCUUCUUUCACGUCUCGCACCGACGUUAAUACACCUGAUUUAAAGCUUUCGUGGCUGCAGGGAUUCAUAUUCUUGGUUCUUACGGUAAAGUCACGUAGAAGGGAAACAAUAAAAUAAAAUAAAAAAUUCAUAAAAAAUAUAUUUUAAUGUUUUAUAUUUUUAUUAUUUUAUUGUUUCCCUUCUACGUGACUUUACCGAAAGAACCGAGAAGAUGUUAAUACACCUGUUACACUCAGACUCAUCGUUUUAUUUUAGCUGGUGAGGUACAUUGAGCUUCGCAGCUCUUUUACAAAUAUGACUCCAACCCAAGACUGUCUGGCAGUGGUGGCAGUUACAGGACAUCAUUGCAGGGAGGUGAUUGUGAAAACUAACAAGAACAGUAGCACAACAACAACAAAACUCAUGCCAGAACUUGCUGCAAACAGCAAAAGCAAUAAUAGUGCUUAAGAUACAAAUAAAAUAAAACAGUGCCAAAAAUCCUGUCACAGACGCCAUUGUAAAUACAGCCUCAGACAUAUCAGAGCUUAGUUAUAUAUACAGCAUUCACAAUUGUGGCAGAGAUAUUCCUGCAGUAUAUUCAUUCUUAAAACGCGUGGAUAAAAGGAGGGGAAUUUUGGUUCUGGAGACAUUCCAAAAUGUUGGUAUUGCACAAGAGGAGGCCCUGGAAUCAAAUAUUUUAACUCUCAUUCAAUAUGUGCAGCCAUCACUUUGACAAUACUCAAACACUGGUCAGUAUUAUAGUAGUAAAUAUCCUUUAUUUAACACAGGAAGUUAAAUAUAGACCCGCUGAGACGCAUUACACAUCGCCUCUUUUGAAUAAUUCAAACAUUUUCAAUUGACCAAAAAAUCGAGACAAAAUUAAAAUAAAAUUCACAAUUCAAAAAAAAUGUGAAUUGCACUUACAAAAUGUGUCAAUAUACAAUAAUAAAGAAGGUCAUAAUAAAUCAGCGAAGUAUCUAUAAAUGGAUCAUGGUGUACGACUUAAACAUGUGCUGUAACACACACGCUAGGUGUGGGACAAUGCGCUCGAGUUGGCCCAUUGGGUCAGUCGCGAUCUCGUUAGAUCGAGGCGAGCAGUGUUGUUUGGAUCGCGGUGAAUGACGCUGGUCACUUGUUAUUGUUCUGGGCCGCUAUAUACAAGCAUUUCCUUCAUUCCGUUACUUCGCCGGCCUUUUUAAAUUCCUCCUUGUUUAUAACACUGUACCAAAGAUAUGGUUUUGACUUUCACUGCCUUGGUAUGCAGCGCAUACAUCGAGUGUGUACAUAGAAAUAUCUUAAAAGUAACGUUGUUGUGUUACUGUAGGUGAAUUGUCGUGUAACAUUUGUACAUAAUAAAGAAAACAUUUCGGAGUA